AUGCAGUCACUUAUAUUCAACUAUGCAUUAAUAUUAUCAUUCUUAUUAAGUCUAGCAUCAUCUUUGCAUAUGGAAAUUCCAUCAUUACCAAAUCCUGAACCAGUUUGUAUCCGUGAUUUUGUUCAAGAGAAUCAAAUGGUAACGGUAAACAUCUAUACUGAUGGAUCAAAGGGAGAUGGUCAAAGAUUAGAUGUUAAAAUUACUGAUACUUUAGGGAAUAAUUAUGCAGUAAGAAAAGAUAUAGUAGGAGAUGUUAAAUUAGCUUUUACAAGUCAAGAUAAUGCAGCAAUAGAUGUAUGUUUUACAAAUUAUUUAGAAGCUAAAUGGAAACAUCAUGGUUCAAGAACAAAUUCAUUAAGAACUAUUGAAUUAGAAAUUGAAAGUGGAGCAUCUGCAAGAAAUUGGAAUGCUUUACAAGCAAGUGAAAAAUUAAAACCAAAUGAAGUUGAAUUAAAAAAAAUUGAAAGUUUAACUGAAGAAAUUGUAAGUGAAUUACAAUACUUAAAAUCAAGAGAAGAAAGAAUGAGAGAUACUAAUGAAUCUACUAAUUCAAGAGUUAAAUGGUUUUCAAUAAUAAUAAUUUUAUCAUUAAUUGGUUUUGGUGUUUGGCAAAUUCAAUAUUUAAGAUAUUAUUUUAAAGUAAAACAUAUCAUUUAA